UGCGCAAAUGAAAGAAAACAAUUUCCGGCCGCUAAAUAUAAACAAACAACAUGGAUGUCAGUAAUGCUUUGAAAACAAUAGAGAUGAAAUAUGCCUUUAAAUUUAAAGAAAAACAGAUGGAGUCGAUAAAAUACAUCAUGGAGGGUAAAGAUACAUUCAUUGUCCUACCGACAGGAUAUGGAAAAAGCAAAAUAUACACCCAUUUACCCGAGAUUCACGGUCUUGUGAGAGACACUCCUGGUACAGUGCUAGUUAUUUCUCCGCUUCAGUCUUUGAUGAAAGAUCAGGUUUCAAAACUCAAUAAGAUGGGAAUUUUAGCAACUUUAGUUGGAGAAUGUCAAAGUGACAAAAACAUUGCUGAUUUGAUACGAGAGGGUCAAUAUCAGCUGGUAUUUUCUUCCCCAGAAGCUGCCUUGACACCAGGGUUUUGGAGACGUUGCUUUACCACUGGAGUAUUCCACGACAACCUCCUUGCUGUUGUUGUUGAUGAGGCUCACUGCAUUAUAGAAUGGGGUGAUGAUUUUAGACCAGAAUAUGGAAACCUUGCUCACCUCCGUUCCAUUGUUCCAGAUAAAACAGUAUUCAUAGCAAUGACCGCCACUUCAACCAAAGAAAUGAAAAGAAGAAUAAUUAAACACCUUGAUAUGUGCCAAUCAGAGACACAAACUGUAUGUAUGUUGCCCGAAAGAAAAAAUCUUACGUAUGUGAUCAAGAAAUCAAGAAAACAAACAGAUGAACUUCACUGGAUCCUUGCAGACUUACUAGAAAACAAGGAAAAUGCCAAGAAAACAAUAAUUUAUUGUAGAAAUAUAGCGACAUGUGCGAACUUGUAUGAACAGUUUUAUAUUAACAUUGAUGAUGCUAUGAAUUUUGAUAGUAGACUCAUUGCCAUGUUCCAUCGCUCCACAACAGAAGAAAAUAAAGAGCAAGUGCUGUCUGAAUUCCCAAAACAGGACAGUAAAUUACGUCUGGUAUUUGCCACGGUGGCUUUUGGUAUGGGCGUUGACAUACCUGAUGUUGAAAAUAUUGUUCACUGGGGUGCCCCUCGUAGUUUGGAGCAGUAUUCGCAGGAAAGUGGUCGUGGUGGAAGAGACGGUAGACAGUGUGUCUGUGUGUUGUACUUUUCAGGUAUAGACAUAGCUAAGGACAGAUCAACUGAUGCUAUGAGGGAGUUUUGUCGUGCUACAGGGUGUAUCCGUAAAGUUCUAAAUGACCAUUUCAGUUUGGGAACAGUAAGAGAGGCAUCGAACUUUGAAAAAGAUCUGUGUUGUUGCUGCUCUUUGUGUUCAGAGCAGUGCAAUUGUACCAAUUGUUUCAUACCCAGAUGUAAUGCUGACUUUGUAAAUGUAAGCGAACCUGUUGAGUGUGAUGAACUUGCUGUACGGUAUCUCACCAAUAAGCAAAUGAAAUUAUUAAAACUUAAUUUGCAAGACUACCAAAGUGUUAUAUGUGAAGAAAAUCCCAGCAACAUCCACGACUUUGAUUGUCAGUUAAUAGAGGAUAUAGUUUCUCAUUCUGAUACCAUUAUGUGUAUUGAAGAUGUGAUAGAAUUGGGGCUUUCAAAACACGACUAUGCUGAAGACAUACUGUUGCUGAUAGAAGAAAUAGAAAACCUUUAAAACUGUUAAAACAAUUUUUGUGAAGAUACAUUUGUAAAUAUACUUGUACAUGAAUUGAGGAAUUAGGAUAAUACAUGUAUAUACAUGUAUUACAGUCAACAAAGGGAAUCAGUACUAGUUAACAAACACAUUUAAUAAAAAAAAGGAAUCAUGUUAAAUUAUUUUUAAGUUGCUUUUUCAAAUCACCAUUAGAGUACUAGUGUUGAAGGGAUUAUCUUUUUCCCUGUAACGCUUAUUUUCAAAAUUAAAGGUUCCAAGGACUGACAAUAUUUUUCCAUUUUUUUUUAUGACGAUUUUGUUAGUGUCAUGUUAAAGUGUCUGAGUAUUAUAAAGUUUCAUUUUACUGACUAGUAUCCGAAAGAAAAGGGACAUUUCAUGUUGCAAUGGAUAAUUAUUGUAAUCAUAAAUUUAAUCUCUAUAGAUUCAAACAUGUACAU